GAACUUCACCGUUAAUCUUCGAGCAGCAAACAAACGGCGGCGGAGCUACGAUGCUCUCAGUUUCGUUCUACCGGGGGGACAAUACCGACGGAAGACGAGGCGAGGCUCUGCUUUACCGUCACCGACAUCUUAGCACCGACUAGACCAACAAAGGAGGACCUGUGUGAGUUCCUCCCCGGGGCCGCCGCACCGCCGGGCUCCGACCGGACAGGGCGGGGUGAUGUUUGGGUUCCGGUAUAACAGCAGCGAGAAAAUGGGAACCAGACGAGAUGCGGAACCGGCGGCCGCGGAGCUUUCAUACCGGAGGAUAGAAUGAGAAGUUCGCCGUGUUGGUGUAACAGGGCGGCGGUGUAACCGUCUGGGGAGGCCGCUGGCGGCGGAGAAGCGUGUCUCUGCGGCGCCCCUCCGCCCCCUGUCCGCCGCGAUGAGGACGCUAUUUACAUUCUGUUGUCUCUUCCUUGUUACCGGAGCGCACCGGGCGGGGGCUACCGGAAACCUCACAGUCGACGGCAGCAGCGACGAAAACCUGACGGCCGACGGCGGCAGUAAGUACAUCAGGAUCGGGGACGGCUCAUCGCAGGAAUUCGAGUUUCCCGAAAACAGCAACGGCGUGAUUGUGAUCUCCAGCCGGUACCGGAGCGCCGCGGCCAGCCGGAAGGGCCGCCAGAGCUGGAAGCAGACGGUGAGAGUCCGGUCCCUGGACCCGGAGGUGCUCUCGAUCCUGAACGUGACGGACAGCGGCCACGCAGGACCGGCCCGGAGCUACAUCAUCAGCAUCCGCUCCGGGUUCCCGGGCCGGGCGCAGUUGCAGAUCCAGCUGCUGGACCUGGACCAGGACUCGGUGCCGGUCCUGAUCGAGGAGCGGACGGAUUACUCCAUCAGGGUGGCUCCCGAUAGCGACGACCCGGCCACCCGCCUCAUCCAGUCGGGUGGCCUGUCCCACUUCUCGGAGAACCCGGUGCUGUUCGCCUUGCUGCCGCUCAUCUUCGUCAACAAGUGUGCCUUCGGGUGCAAGGUGGAGGUGGAGGUCCUCCGGGGGCUGCUCCGGUCCCCGGUCCCGCUGCUGCUGGGGGUCCUGGGCCAGUUCCUGGUGAUGCCCCUGUACGCCUACUGCGUGUCCCGGCUGGCCUCGCUGCCCACGGCUCUGUCCCUGGGUCUGGUGAUCACCUGCUCGGCCCCCGGUGGCGGCGGCGGCUACCUGUACAGCCUGCUGCUGGGCGGUGACGUCACCCUGGCCAUCUCCAUGACGUUGGUGUCCACGGUGGUGGCGGCCGCCGCCAUGCCGCUGUCCUCCGCCCUGUACGGCUGGCUGCUGGGGGUCCACGCAGCCCUCCACGUCCCCUUCGUGAAGAUCCUAGGAACCCUCCUCUUCAUCGCCAUCCCCAUCUCUCUGGGCAUGCUGAUCAAGCUGCGGCUGCCGGCCCUCACCAGGGUCCUGCUGACGCUCAUCCGGCCCAUCAGCCUGGUGCUCAUCGUGGUGGGCAUCUUCAUGGCCUACCAGAUGGGGGCCUCCAUCCUGGCGGACGUGCGGCCCCAGAUCGUGGCUGUGGGGGUGACGGUGCCUUUGCUGGGCCUGGUGGUGGGCGGGGUCCUGGCCCGGCUGGCUCGACUCCCCGGGCCGCAGAGGAAGACGGUGAGCAUCGAGGUGGGCGUCCAGAACAGCCUGCUGGCCCUGGCCGUCAUGCAGCUGUCCUUCCGCCGGGUGGAGGCCGACUUCGCCUCGCAGGCUCCGUUCAUCGUGGCGCUGAGCAGCACCUCGGAGAUGCUGCUCCUGGUUCUGGCUCACUUUGCCCAGCGGAGGUUCUGCAACUCCAGCGGCUCCGGGAGCGACGCCUGAUUGUAGCCACAGAUCCAGAACUUUUUUGGGAGAAGCUGUGGAGACCAGACGGCCAACAAUCAUCACUGCUGCUGCACAGGACAGUGACUCUUUUUUGUGGUUGUUUUCUCGUAUUUUUUCAUGAAACCAAAGGCCUUUCUACCCUCUGAGACCUUUUUGUGUUUAUUUUACAGGAUGUACUUUUUCAGAUCAGAUUCUACUGUGAGCUCCUUAAAUGUAAAUAUUCAUAAGAAGAGAAAUACCUAUAAAAGAAAAGAUAUUUUUCUACCAGAUUACCUUUUGUAAUCCAAAAAACAAACAAAAAAAAGCAAAGAUUGAUUUGUACCAUGUUUACAGAGGUCCAUGUGUCUUAGCCUGAGGACGAGGGAACAUUUGUAAAUCGAACUUGAUGGUGAUUUUUGAAAGUAUUUGCCACUGAUUGUGUUUUUCUUGGAUCUUUGCAUCCAUGUACUUGAAUAUUUGGGAGGAGAGACGAAGAAAAAUUCAAUAAAAAUCCUUGUUGAAGCAGA